UAAACAUAAAUAAAAAUCUCAUUGUAUUUAUUUUCCCUUUCUUAAUACAAAUUUGUUCUAUAGCACUUUUUUCAUCGCAUACAAUUCACUUUGUAUAUAUUUUCGAUGAUAAAAUACAGAUGUUCUUCGAAAAGCGUUAUCGUGUAUGUAGGUAAUUAAGUUACGUGAAUGAGCCAAGCUAAUGCCUAACAAAUCGAAUUAACUGUCGACCUAAUACGAUUACUGGGGCAGCGGGGUAGAUGAUUCUGAGGCUUCUUCUGUAUGUUGUCGGAAAUCAUUCGGCAGUUUUCACACGUCAAAGUCAGUGGCGUUUAGUUUUCCGAGUGCUGGUGAAACUCUGUGGUCGAGCAAAAAUGGGCAAAGACGACGCCGAGACUACAGCUUUGAAAAAAGAACUGGAAGACCUCAUCAAUAAGUGCAAGGAGGAACAAAAGAAGCAACAGGAUACAACAUUAGAACAAGCAUGUGGUGGAGUGGCAGAUGCCCCGAAAGUUAGACUAUCAACGAAAAGAACGCUGAAGGGGCAUAUUAACAAAGUCAACUCGGUACAUUACAGCGGUGAUAGUCGCCAUUGCGUGACGGGAUCAUUGGAUGGGAAGCUAAUUAUCUGGGACACGUGGACUGGCAAUAAAGUGCAGGUGAUUGCAUUGCGAUCGGCCUGGGUAAUGUCGGUGGCUUUCGCACCGUCCGGCAAUUUCGUUGCAUGCGGCGGCAUGGAUAACAUGUGCACCGUCUACGACGUGAACAAUCGCGACGCCACAGGAACCGCCAAGAUUGUGAGGGAGCUUCUGGGUUACGAAGGAUUCUUAUCGUCCUGUAGAUUUCUCGACGACAAAAAUAUCAUUACCGGAUCAGGCGACAUGAAAAUUUGUAUAUGGGACCUCGAGGCAAACAAGAAAACGACAGACUUCGAGGCGCACGCGGGUGAUGUAGUCAGCAUCAGCCUGUCUCCCGACGGUAAUACUUACGUCACUGGCUCGGUCGACAAAACCUGUAAAUUGUGGGAUUUACGAGAAGAGAAAGCCAAACAGACGUUCUUUGGUCACGACGCUGACGUAAACUCCGUCUGCUACCAUCCUUCUGGACAAGGUUUUGUGACAGCGUCCGAAGACAAAACUGCGAGACUGUGGGAUCUCAGAUCCGAUCAGCAGUUGGCCACUUUCAAGCCGCCGAACUCGAAUCCCGGGUUUACUAGUUGCGGCCUCUCUCUGAGCGGCAGAUUUAUAUUCUGCGGCAGCGACGACAAUUCCAUUCACAUAUGGGAUACGUUGAAGAAUCAACACAACGGUGUCUUAUCUGGUCAUGAAAAUAGAGUGACAUCGCUCUGCGUUUCUGGUAACGGGAUGGCAGUGGCCAGCUGCUCCUGGGAUCAGAAUGUCCGAAUUUGGGUGUGAAUACAUACAAUAUUUAAUAUGUUUAGAGAGCUGUUCAAAACAUCGAUGAGAGAACAAUAGGCGUGCUAUAUCACCACAAAUAUAUUGAUGUUAUAAGUCGAUCGGAUUUUUUUACACGAAAUCUACAUAGCAAUCUUGUUAAUUAACAAGUUGCUGUCUUUAGACUAUAAUUACAGCAUAAUCGAUAUCUUAAUCUGUUCUUUGUAUUCGCAAUUUACAAAAAAAAUCACAAGUUUACUAUUGUGUGUAUGGAUUAAUUCUGGAUUUAUCUCGUAUAUUAAAAAAAUAAAUCUAUACUUAAUAAAUAGUCGCAUUAAUUACGUGCGUGAUUAAUUAUGACGAGUUACAUAGAAUCUAUAACAAUAAACUUCCAUCCUUCAAAUCACGAUAUGGAAACAUUUAUUAAUUCGUGAAACGGAUUUGAUGUUGGCAAUGUGAAUUGCAUUUUAUUUCUAUACAUAGACAUAUUACACGAUUCCUUCCUAUCAAAUAUGCUGCAGAAGAGUGCAUUAAAAAAUCGUAUAUCGUGUCUUGAGAUUUACUUAACUAAUGCGAUACAAUAAAGAUUUGGUAUAUCGAUUAGGCAUGAAGAGCGGGCAUCAAAAAUACUGUGUUCUUUUCGCAGACAGAUGCCAAAUAUCAUCGCCGUACAUUUCAUACACUAUUUGUUCUCAUGAGCAUUAACUUAGGCCAGUUUAGCGACGUACAUGUGACCAUGUGUGUGAUUAGAUGUUUAAAACCUAUACUAAUUGAAAGUCUUUUAUAUGGUGCGUCACAAAAUCGUCAUAGCUAACCAGCGACUCUACAACGAAUUCUUUCCUAGUGGAUUCUAUUAUGUAAAUAAACGUAACUAUUACACUCAUCGAUACUGUACACAUUAAGCGCAUUAAAAGUUAACAGAUAAUUAUAA